GUCUGCGUCAGCAGGCGUUUGGUGUGUUGCGACACCACGGACCCGAGCACAUGGGGGUUGGACCCUCCCGCGUGUAGCCGUGCGCGGCUGAGCCGUGUCUGGGGAAAGGGGGAUCCUGGGGGUUGAGCCGAUGCCGGGUGUUCGGACCUUUAUGGCCCCCCGGCAGAGGCAACACACCCCUUUGGCCUCGGCUUCACAUAGACGGCACCCCCGGACUGACCCACCCGGGGGAAAUCGGUAGUUGCCUUUUCCUAUCCUCCUCUUCAAUCUUCGUCUUUUUCUCUCACUUUCAAUCUUUCCUGUCUCCUUCUUACUUCUUAUAUUCUGAUUUUCCAGGCAGCUAGGGUUAACCUUGUGUGAGAUAGCCAACCUUGGUUAUAUCAUAUUUGGUUAUAGUGGUUGUGUACAGCUGGCGUUGGCAGGUCUUGUUCAUAACAACCCUGUCGCGUCCCCUUGUUGGGCUCCGCGGUGGGCGGCUGGCACCGCUGCCGAAGUCACUAAUUUGUAUGGCUUCUUCAUACCCCAAACUCCCUGAUCGCCCUCUCAUAAAAAGAGGGCGCACCGAUGAAUCAUUCAACUUCUUCACAAAGGCCACCGAAAUUUUUCCACGUUUCCACGUGAUUCACUGUGAAAACGCCGACAAAAAAGCGACAAACAUUUCACCCUUCUUAGUGUCAAAAUGUCUUACGGAGGUCAUUGGAAGUGGCUACAAAGCCACCAAGAUGGCAAGUGGUGACCUUCUGAUUGAGGUAAAAGACAAAAUGCAGUACGAAAAACUCACAAACCUGGUGGCAUUUGGCGAUAAAACCAUAUCUGUCAGCGCACACCGAACAAUGAACACCGUCAAGGGUGUUGUUUCAGACAGCGACCUCAUGGACUUGACUGACGAAGAACUCCUGAAUGGAUGGAAAGAAGAAAACGUUAUAAAUGUACAACGCAUAAAAAUCAGGCGCGACAACAAAGAACUACCAACCAAACACAUAGUACUUACUUUUGGCUCUAGCACACUCCCAGAUGCAAUAGAAACAGGCUACCUUAAACUGCGUGUAAGACCUUACAUUCCGAAUCCACGACGUUGCUACAAGUGUCAGAGGUUUGGCCAUGCCUCUCAACGCUGCCGAGGACAACUAACUUGUGCGAAAUGCGCUGCAAAAGAUCACUCUGCCGAUGAAUGUACUGCUGAGGCCCAUUGCGCAAACUGCGAUGGCAGCCACCCUGCAUAUUCCAGAUCUUGCGCAGCCUGGAAGAAAGAAAAAGAGAUAAUUACGAUCAAAGUCAAAGAGAAUAUCACUUUCCGGGAAGCACGACAGCGUCUUUCGCCUUCAUUUUCCAUGAAAACUUCUUUUGCCGAAGUGGUGCAACAGGGGGCAGCAUCACGACGGACCCCGGCGGUCGCCCAAGGUACGCGCAGCGUACUGAAGCGACUGCCACCCGCCCCCAUGGUGGGAGCAGCUAAGGCUGCCCUGCCCUUCUCGAAAUCGGCCACACCAGAGGCCUCUACUAGCGCUGGCAGCAGCCAUCGCAGCUCAGAGGCUAAGGAGGACCCAUCGGCCUCCGGGCUGGUGGGGCCACAGCCUUCGUCCCUCGAGGCGAAGGCUACACGACGUACACAUCGCUCGUUAGAGCGAGUGUCCAGCGCUUCGGAAGAGGCUAUGGACACUACUCCAAGCAAGGUGGUGCAGUCAGCACCUAAAGAGCGGCCAAAUUCUUUGGACCGCUCUAGAAAAGACAGAACCAAAAUUACAGGGCCGCAAACGGCUCUGUAGGCU